AUGGCUCGUAUAAUCCAUUUCCUCUGCGUAGUGCAUUUCACCUUCGCAAACACAUCACACUCGGUACACGAGAAGCCUCAAGCUUUUUUACAACCUAUUCGUAAAGACAAGGCCACAAAUCUCUACUACUCUCCUUUAUCGAUCGGUGUCAACAUGCUCAACGGGACAUACUAUAAAUCCUACAACAUCAAUCUUGCCAUUGACCUCGGCGGCUCUGCGCCGUUGUUGCUAACCUGUGCCGCGGCAGCCAAAUCCCGUUCUUACCACCCAAUCAAAUGUGGCUCUUCUAGAUGCAAACAAGCCAAACCGAUUCUUUCUCCUGUCCCACCAAUACUUCAAAGAAGCCACAUCUCAAAAAGCGGCGGACUGUGGAGCACGUACUCCACCUCAUCACCAUGUAGAUCCGCCCCUGGUCAAAAAUCAUUUUCCACUUCUUUCACUGAGCAUCCCAUCAAGAUUCGUCUCCUCCGAGACACUGUCUCUUUGGUUUACACGGACAACGGCUUCACCGUGAUAGGUGGCGAAAUCGAUUUGCAGAUGACUAUAGCUUGCACCGACGUUAAUGUUGACCCUUUGUUCAAAUCCUUUCCAUCGAUUGUUGUUGGGACAUUGGGUCUCCCUAAGACCUUUAUGGCCCUUCCUUCGCAGGCCGUUUCUUUUUACAAACUACCCUCAAAGGUGGCUCUUUGUUUGCCUUCACCAAACUCCGGAGACCCUUCUGGAUCUGGGGCUCUUUUCAUUGGUGGUAGUACUUAUUUCAUGGCGCUUUAUCUUGAAGAUGUCUCUAAGAUUUUUGCCUCCACGCCUCUGCUCCCUAGUGAUCCAUCUCGUGGUGAGUACUUCAUCGGUGUGAAGUCCAUCCAAAUUAGUGAAAAGACGAUUCCUUUCAUUAAGAAAAGCACCAAGAUCUGCAACUUGACUCCUUACACGGUCUUGCACAGCACCAUUUACAAGGCUCUGGACUUAGCCUUUGCCGGAAAAGCCAAGAUGGCUAAUGCUCCAGCAGUGAAGCCUUUUGGAUCGUGUUUCAGCUCCAAAGGACUUGGAAAGUUGAUGAUGGGAAGUCGUGUUCCGGUGAUCAAUUUAGUGCUGAAUGGUGGGGCUAAGUGGAGAAUUUAUAGGUCAAAUUCGCUUAUAAAAGUGAGCAAAAAUGUGGUUUGUUUAGGUUUUGUGGAUGGAUGUAUGGAUAUGAAGAGGGCGAUGGUGAUUGGAGGUUUUCAGAUGGAAGAUAAUUUAGUCGAGUUUGAUCUCAAGGCUUCAAAAUUCUCUUUCUCGGCCUCUCUUUUGCUUAUUAACUCUUCUUGCUCACAGUCAAGGCACUUCUGA